AAAAAUAACCACUUCUAACAGCAAAAAAAAUAACAAAAACUAAAACAACAACAACAAAAAGAAAAAGGGUAAGACAAUUAGCCAUGUCUUCCUUAACAACCAAACAAUUUUUUCACAUAACACAUAAUUCUCAAGUGCAAAUUUGUCCAACUAGGUCUAUUCCUCCUUCAACUUUGUUCAUCACCAACACUAACAAUAGGUUGUUUAACCUCAGUGAGUUUUCAAAUUAUCAUAAUUUGAGUGUUGUGGUGAAAGCAAGUGGAGGAGAUGGACCUAAUGAUCAAGAUUAUGAAGAUGGGGUUUCUUUGGGAACAAUGAAAUUGCCAAAAGAUAUUGAUCUUGCUAGAUUUGAAACCCUACUUUUUCAGUGGGCUAACAGCCUUUGUCAAGGAGCUAUGUUGCCACUACCGGUGCCUCUAAAGGUUGAUAAAAUUCCUCGCGGAGCCAGAGUUUGUUUCAUUUCAGUUGAUGAUGCUCAAACUGAAGUUCUUGCAUAUAUAGACUGUAUGGUUUUCCCUGCAACUGAGACUUCACCUCCAAUAUUUCGAGCCAUACGAAAUGGACCCUCGAGAGAUAAGGCGCCUCCCGGUGAGCCAAGAAUCAUGAGAAGCCUCUUAGGUGCCCUUCAGAAGUCUGUUGAGAUAGCUAGUGUUUGAAAGUUGGGAACAAUUUUUUGUAUAUUUUUACAAAACUUCUCUCUUUCAACACUCUUUUUUAUGUAUAAAGAACAUUUCACUUCUUUAAAACUCAAUGAAAACUUUAUUACAAGUGAAGAA